CACGCACACAUAACACGACUGCGCCGCCGCUGCUCUUUCGUGGCCGCCUCGCCCGCAUUCUUGCGCCUCAGCCUGCCGACUUUGUGCCGCUUUUGUACGCGAAAGCAAAUUCGUCAAGUGUGAGUCGGCAAAUGGACGAGGAGACGUCGUCAAUGCAGUCCCGCGAGCCGUUUGGCAAACAGAACCUGCAUUCGCGCAAAAGUCGGACACUGAAACGAUUGUCUCAGGGAAUUGUCAGGGUUGGUUCUUUCCUGGUUUGGGAGGACGACGUUAGCCCAUGGAGCGUACCUGGUGUCAUUCUGGCGGGGGGUCUUCCAUCGUCACUCAAUCGUCCUAUAGGGGGCGAUAAAGGCGCUACGACCAGAUGCCCACUGCCAAUCUCGUGAAAUGCCGCAUCGCCUUCGGGAUUUCGAACCCGCGUGACCGUGCGCCCCUACAAGUUUCACAGUUACCAGUUAAGUCAGAUUUUAUAUUGUAACAUGCACACGGACAAACACCGUAAUUUCCGCAACUUUUUUUCACACGCUUUCGACCCCGCGGUUUUUGCGGUGAUGCGGCUAAUUUGUGCAUUUUUUUCAAACUGCCGCAAGGGGGCGCUCGAUCACAAAAGGUAAGAGUGAGACCAGAAUAUAUGUGCCGAGGAAGUGACUUUUACUGGCCAUAUUAGUGCUGCGCUAGCGUUAGCACUGUGUUAGCGUGUUGCUGCUGUGUUACUGGCGGGUCUCAGUGAUUUUUACUGGUAAGUUUUUUUUUUUUUUUUAAUUGGCCCUUGUCAGUGCCGCGCUAGGAUUAGUGUUAGCACCAUGCCAGUGUUAGCGCCGCGCUAGUGUUAGCACCGCCUUAGCGUUAGCAUUAGCGAUGGGCUAGCGUUAAACCAGGCUGACGGCUACUUCCUGAGGACCGAUCGUAUGAAGGGCUACGUGACCUGUUUGCGGCAAAUUUCAGACUCAGUUCAUUCCACGUACAUCAAAUCUUUUCAUUUUAAUUUAUUGCAGUAAAUGACAUUACAGGUAUUUUUAAAUAUUAAUUGACGUAAGCGAGUCAGAUUCCGAAUUUAAAGCAGAAAUAAUAGUAGCAAUUUGUGGCCUAUGGUAUUUUUCGAACCUAGCUCGCGGGCGCCUUAUAUGGUAUUUGCGGGGUACCAUUCGCCCGCGGGCCCCGCGUUGGUGACCCCUGCGUUAAACCCUUUCUGCGUACCGUCUUUCAUUGUAAAUACGUCGCGUUUCGAUGUGGGCACUUGCGCUUCGGCGUAUGUAGCAAAUGGUAUUUUUUUUUCCUUUCCAAAUGUACCGGGCGAGGUGCGCUCUGUAGGCCGGGAAUUACGGUAAAUAUUCAAAAGUAUGUAACCUUUUUCAACGCGAAGCGGUCAUAAUGGUGACGUAAUAAGCGUGAGACGAUCCGCUGUCCGAGCUAAAUGUCUUCAAACCCAAAUUGUAUCUGGGUCUUAUACGAAAUAAACUCCAAGAUAUGAAUGUCAACACAAUCCUUCGAAUUGUCAAAUGUAGUCUCCUUUAAACAGGGAGUCACACCCGCGAUGACGCCGCCCUCUGUGGAAAAUAGCCGGGUGGUCAAGCGGAUUCGCCCCCCCCCCGGUGUAAUUCGACGCACGCUGGUCCAAGCUUCGACUGUAUUGUCUCCUGUGUGUGUGUGUGUGUGCGUGCGUGCGUGCGUUUGUGAAAAGCCUCCGCCCAGCGGGUCCAGCCUCCGUCGGCGUCGGCGUCGGCGGCGGAUCAUGUGAUGCGGGGUUAAGUCAUUUGCAAGUACAACACAACUCUGUGCAGCGCUCCCCAUUCAUUUCCUGAGAGCUGCCUGCCUGCCUGCCUGCCUGCCUGCCUGCCUGCCUGCGCAGCAGCAGCAGCAGCUGAGAGGCACAAGGGGGAGGGAGGCGCGCACAGACGCACGAGUCCGGACUCACAGUCAGCCGAGGAGACGAGCCAGGAAAGCCGAACGGACUCCGCGGCUUCCGACCAGUCACCCAAAGUGCGGCCUUACACCGCCAUGGACGGCGUCCCCUUCUUCCUCAGCAGGGUGAAAGCCGAGCCUCCGGAAGACCUGCUGACCCACGACUUGCGCUUCCACGCGCAGACGGAGCCGGUGGACCUGUCCAUCAACAAGCCCCGCCCCUCCUCCUCCUCCUCCACCACCGCCUCCCCGCUGAGAUCCGCCUUCUCGCCGUCCUCCCUGUCGUCGUCGUCCUCUUCGUCCUCGCCGUCGGUCAUCACUUCGGCGGCGUCGGUGCUCUCGCCGGGCCCUCUGGUGGCGCCCGGGAUGAGAGGUCAGCCGUAUUUGCACAUCCUGCACUCGGUGCCGCCGCCUCCGUCCAGCCCGCUGGGCCUGCAGGGGGGCGGGAAGCUGGGCGGCCGCGUCCACCGCAUCCCGGUGGUGGUGCAGUCGCUGCCGCUCAUGUACACCACGGCCGUGCGUUCGCCCUCCAGCCUCAACAACGCCAUCAUGCUACCUCUGCUGGACGACGCCAAGAGCCAGGGCAAAGCGCACGCGGAACACAACGGCCUGUCGCCGCGUCACGUCAAGAGCGACAGCGACGACGACGACCUGCCCAACGUCACGCUGGACAGCGUCAACGAGACCGGCUCCACCGCACUGUCUAUAGCCCGCGCCGUACAAGAUUCAAUGUCGCCUUUCAGCAUUGACAGCAUACGACGUCCCCGGAGGUCGGAGUCGCCCGAUUCCAAAAAGCGAAGAAUCCACCGCUGCGACUUUGAGGGCUGCAAUAAGGUUUACACCAAAAGCUCCCACCUAAAAGCACAUCGGAGGACACACACAGGAGAAAAGCCUUACAAAUGCACCUGGGACGGCUGCACGUGGAAGUUCGCCCGCUCCGACGAACUGACCCGCCACUACCGGAAGCACACCGGCGUCAAGCCCUUCAAGUGCGCGGACUGCGACCGCAGCUUCUCCCGCUCGGACCACUUAGCCCUGCACCGGCGCCGGCACAUGCUGGUGUGAGAAAAGCCAGGAAACGGAAAUCGGCCGGAAAGGAAGGGAAAGGGGGGGGGGGGGGGGGAUCUCCCCGGGAAAUGUUCUUCAGCUGGCCUGGACGCGCGCGGGGGAAAGAAAGAAAGAAAGAAAGAAAACAGGGUCGAUCGGGGAUCCCCUCGGAAGGGACAAAGCGGUCAGGAUCUUUUUCAGCACUGUUUGGAAGUUUGGAACGCAAACUUUUUCAUCAGACGUGGGGAGAAAAUGCAGUUGUUGUUGUUUUUUUUUUUGUCUUUAUAAUGUGAAAGAGACCCCAGGACUACGGAUUUUUUCUUAGUCACCCCCCCCCACCCCACACACACACACUGUUAUUUUUAACGUAAUUUUUUUUUUUUAAUGAUGCUGGCUCUUUCGAAGCAAAUCCGGAUUGGCAGCAGAGGGCGCCACCCGACCGCGGCUGACUUCCUCUGGACUCGGAAGGUGCCCCCACCCCCCCUCCCGCAAGCUCAGCGACUCAAAAGCCAUCUUCUUGGGGUGCGCGUCAUUUCUAGCAGAUACAUAAAUCUGUUGGAUUUUUGUGCUGUGAUGAAGCAAUCAGAUCAAGUGCAAUCUUAACGGUUACAACGACACACACGAGCGAGAGGGACGUCUUUCUUUUUCCUCGCAGUCCUCCGAGGGCCAUACAGAAAGAAUCCUAAUGGACAUGUGUUUAUUAUUAUUGUUAUUAUUAUGUAUUAUGAGCCUUUGUGGGUUAAUUGUUUUCUGGGGGUCUUUUUUCUCCCCCCCCCCCCUUGCUUUAAACAUUUCAACAACUUUGCAACAAUCACCUAAAAGGACUCUUCGCUUUCCUCACUUCUUCUCCCAGCCGGGUUUGAAUUAUUGUUGUUUUUUUUUUUUUAAUUUUUGAUUUUUUUUUUUUUUUUUUUUGCACAGCAGCACUUGAUUUCAAAACGGCCGAAGUGUUACAAAAGAUGGCGGCAAGCGCACACGCAAACACACACAGAAGAGCAAUAUGUUGUGAACGGAGCUUGUCCCGCUGAUUGAUGUCAAAAAAAAAAAUAAUAAUAAUGAUCAUAAUAAUGUUGCUCAAAAUUCUGCUGCGUCGAAUGUCGUCAACUUCGAAAAACUUUUGUCUGGAUUGUAAUGGAAAGCGCAUCGAGUUGACAUUUUGUUACUGAGUCACUGAUUUGCAUCCACGAUAUGGACAAAAGCGUCGGGGAGUUUUUUUUUUUUUAUCGCACAAAAUCCUCAAUGAGUUUUUAAUUUUUUUUUUUUUUUUUUUUAAUACAGCGGAAACUUGAAUUUCUCCCCGUAGGAAAAGGUGGAAUCGAGUUCGUCUGUCUCGGGGUCAAACCGUCACCCUCGGAAAAGCUCCUUUAACCGAUGUGGACUUAGUCGACUUGACCCGGUAGGUUUCGAACUUGAGGGUGGGGGUGGGGGGGGCCGACUUAUGUCAAAACAUUUCAUUAUUAGGUUAUGUUUUUGUUUAUUUGCAAGGGGUGGGGUGGGGGUGCAAAUAUCUCCCAAAAAAUGGGGGAAUGCCCACAAAAGUAUGCGUACCACUGACUUCAUCCAACUGCGAAUCGCAUCCAGAUCACAUUGCAGUUAAGGAACCAACAAUAUUAUACAAAAACAUAAUCCCAUCAAUCAAGCUCAUCUGGACUCAAUAUUUACAUUUAUCGAAUGGGUGGAACAGUGGAUCAGCUGGAAAGCGUUGGCCUUUAGUUCUGAGGUCGUGGGUUCGAUCCCAGCCCCACCUGUGUGAAGUUUGCCUGUUCUCCACGUGCCUGUGUGGGUUUUCUCCGGGUUGGCUCUCCGGUUUCCUCCCACAUCCCCCCAAAAACUUCCAACAUUAAUAGGACACUAAAUUGCCCCGAGGUGGGAUUGUGAGUGCGGCUGUUGUCUGUCCCCAUGUGACCUGCGAUUGAUUGGCUGGCGACCAGUUCAGGGUGUUGCCCGUUGACAGCUGGGAUAGGCUCCGGCACUCACCGCGGCCCUUGUGAGGAUGAGUGGCAAAGAAAAUGGAUGGAUGGAAAAGCAUCAUCGCCACCAGAGAUGCUGAUUUAGUGCACCGGUGUCAAACUCAAGGCCCGGGGGCCAAAUACGGCCCACCACAUGAUUUUAUGUGGCCCGCGAAGCCAAAUCGAGAGUCGAUUUCCAUGAUUCUAGUAAAAAUCUGGACCAAAAUUUCAAAUUGUCAUAUAUUAUAAAUGAUAAAGUUGAGAUAAUACAAGCAUUUUUAUGUUACCAAACGUGAAUAGUUGGGAAAACACGUCACCCGUGUUUUCUGACUCCAAAACUAGUUCAUAAUUUGAUGACGUGAAUAUGAUGAGAUGAUUAAAUAUUCUGACCAACCAAUCAGAGGGCGGAAAAAUGCUGAUGUCAGCGAGGGAUUGGGAAAAAUGUAUUCUGGCGGAACAAAUAUUGGAAUUCAGACAAAGCGGCGACUCUCCCUCGCAACUUUGUACAACACAAGUUGAUGAAGAUGAAAAGAUUUGGUCAAAAUGUAAAAUAUGUCAAGCGGAAGAUCAACAUGAGCAAACUUUUUUUUUUUUAAGGGGUAAAACUUGAGUAUAAUAUAAAAGGUAAAUAACGACGACAUUUGUGGGGUGUCAGCAGUCGACGUUUGUCUCAAAUGUUCUCACCUUCCUUUCGUUUGGCGCGCGAGAACAUGUCCAAAGCCAAAGAAAAAGCCAAACGUACGCGUGGAGGCAAACUUGCCAAACGCGCUCGCGACAUUUCAGCAAAUGUCAGGUCAAAAAUGAUUUUUUUUUCCUCAACAUUUUCUUCAAACUAUGACAUAAGUCAUCGUUUCCGCUGUAAUAAUCGAUCUGCUUGCCCCCCCGAUUCUUUUGUCCAUAGACAACAUGCAGAAAAAUCCCCACAACUUGAAGAAAUAGAAAUCUAUUUUUACCCCCUGCGAGAUUUCAACACCGUCGUGGCCGAAUAUGAAUUUUGUGCUAUUCUUUGAUAGCCGAAUGCAUUUAUUGGAGCCAAGCCAGUAAAAGGAACCCGUGACCUUUUAUUUGAUGUAUAAAAAGCAGCACCUUGAAAAAAACAAAAGCUCCACACCCAUAAACGCCCGCCCUCCGAUACAUAUUUUACCCUCCCCCCUGUGUGUAAAUUGUAUGUUCUUUAUUUAUGUACUGUAUAUAAUUUGUGCACAUAUCAUGAUGUGUUCUGUUAGUGAUUAGAGUAUCAGCACCUUGUUUGUAUAUUGUUCUUAGAGUACUUUUUUUUUUCUGUCAAAUGAUUUUUAUGGAAGAUGUCAAUUUACAAACAAAAUAAUCAUCGUCAUAUUGCAUUAUCCAUAUUUCACUUUAUGAUUGAGGGUCACUUCAACUUGCUUCUUACUUUUUUUGUGUACAAAAAAAAAUGUUGUAAUAUAUGUGAUGACGUGUAUAUAUUUACAGUAUAUAUAUAUAUAUAUAUAUAUAUAUAUAUAUAUAUAUUAUAUAUACGUUUGAUAAAGAGGGCUCUUUGAUUGGAGGUGCAGGAUUUCUCCAUUUGUCUUUUUUGGAAAUUAAUUUUUCUCUUCAAUUUGGUUGGUCACUCAAAACAAAAACAAAAAAAAUGUUGAUUUCUCAGAUGUUCCACAUAAUUGCUUUUUUCUUAUUUCGGCGCAAAAUGACCACCCAAAUAUUUUUGUCAAAGCGGUCCACAUAAUUUCAUUUUUGCUAGUUUGACAAAAAUAUGAUUCACAAUGUUUUAAUAUUUCAGCAUGUUCCAUAAUUAAGUUCAUCCAACAGCUUAAAUAUUUUUUUGUCUUUCAACAAUUGCAAUAUUACAAAUAAUAAGUGAUCCUGCAAAAUUUUUAUUUGUCCAGUUUUCAAGAUUUUUUUUUUUGAAAAAUGUUAAAUGAACCCCCCCAUAAGUAAAAAAAAAAACAUUAUUAUUAUUAUUUUUUAAACUUGUCAAUUAUUUUAUUAGUUUAACACAAAACAACUAAGUUGCUUUAGCAUAUCGAAUAACUCAACCACACAAUUUUGUUUUCUCAUUUAAAUACAAAAAAAUUAUUUUUGUGCGGGGGCGUGUGUCAUAAUUUUAUCAGGGGGGACACAAAAAGACUAUAAUUAAAAUUAUCUGGUGCAAAUUGACGUAACAUAAGUAAAUUAAUACUGAUAAAAGGUUUCUGUUGAAAUAGCUGAAAUUGUGUGGUUGAUGUAAAAAAAAGUUGUAUUAUUUUCAAUGGAAUGGAAGUAUUAAAUGAACUUAUUGAUUGUACACACCGAUGCACAUAACACAAUUGCCAAUCAAUAUUUGUUUUAUUAUAGCAUUUUUUUGAGGGAAAAAAAAAAAGUCAUCCUUAAGCAGACAGCGUGUAUUGUUGUAUUUUUUUCUUCAGUAUCUUUUUCGAGCAUAAUUUUGCAACGGUAACCAGGGUCAAAGUUAUGCAAUAAUAACAAUACGACUAAUAAGAAGGUUCAUGACUAGUGCCUCGUGUCACAUGACCGCUCCGUCCAGCAUUUUCAUUGGACAGAAUUCCUUUUUGCGCGAUCAAGCAACUAUUGAUAGAGCAAAAAAAAAAAAAAAAACAACAUAUUUAUAUACAGUAUAUCCAUAAAAAGCACAGACAACGAUAUGCAAGUUGGACAGCUGAUUUUCGGCUGAAUUUAUUACGCCGUUUGUCACGCCCACUUGCCAAAAUCACACAUGCACAUUUUCUUACAAAAAAUAAAAAUUAUUAUUCAACAACAGAAUUUAUUUCCCGGUUUCUGGAAAAAAAAAAGUAACAGGGAAUCCCACUCAGUGUAGAUUUUUUUUUUUCUUAAAUGAUUAUUAUUAAUAUUAUUAUUAUUAUUGGAGAGACUAUCAGUUGUAUAUCUGCUUUCCUUUUCGAUGUACAUUUUUGAUUUUGUGGUUGGGAAUAAUCGUGAAGCCGGCGGCCGUGUUUCAAUUUGCAGGUAUUUCGUACAGUAAAUGCUCGUUCUCGUAUUUAUGUAAAGUGCGUGUGGUGUAAAUAUCUUUCAGUCGUCUUUAUUUGCCAUCUUUAGGGGAGGACGAAAAAAAAAAAACACUUCAAAAGGGAGAUUUUGCUCACACGAUAACGACACAAAUGUACUUUUUUGGGGGGGUGGGUUUUUUUUCUUUUUUUUUUUAAAAACGGUGCCCAUUUUUGUGUUAUUCUUUAUUAUUUUUUUUUUGUUUUGCUGUCCCCCCCCCCCGAAUCUGUGCUUCGUCUUCUCCUCCGACUUUUUCUGUAUUUCUUUUCUCGUAUGGCUGGCGCUGUGAAAUCGAAAUAAGUUCACACAUAUAAAUGUAUAUUAAUAUGAAUGAAGGCAUGAAGGUUAAUAAAAUUGCAUUUUAUAUGUAAUAUGUUUGUUAUUUCCUAUAUUAUAUUAUUAUUAUUAUUCCUAUUCAAUAUUCCCCUAAAUUUUUCUAAAUGUGUCCCAAGAGCUGUAAAGAAAUGAUAUUGUAUAAUUCUGGAUUUGAUCUAAAUUUCGGGGGGAAUAUUUGUGGGGAUGAUUUUUGACAAACUUCUUCCGGAGAGUAAAUAUCUUAAAAGAUAUAUAAUUCCAGAGAUGUGUACAGUACAGUAUAUUUCCAACGUGACCAAAAUGCUAAAGAAGGACAAAUGCCAUUUUGAAAAACUUGAAAAACUAAAUCGAUAAUCAUGAAAAUGUGCGCCUUAAUUUCACGUUUUAACCAAAAUGAACAUAUAUUUAAGUCCACCUGAGGGUUUUUACUUUUAUUUUUUUUCCUAAUUGAUGCCUCUAAAGUCAUACAAUAUCAUAAUGUAAAAUGUACGGUCAGCACGGUGGAUCAGCUGGUUAAAGCGUUGGCCUCACAGUUCUGAGGACGCGGGUUCGAUCCCGGCCCCGCCCGGGUGGCGUUUGGAUGUUCUCCCCGUGCCUGGGUGGCUUUUCUCCGCUUUCCUCCCACAUUCCCAAAAACAUGCAACACUCUAAAUUGCCCAUAGGUGCGAUCGUGAAUGUGACCGUUUGUCUCGAUGUGCCCUGCGAUUGGUUGGCGACCAGUUCAGGGUGUACCUGUACGUUGACAGCCGGGAUAGGCUCCAGCACUCCCUGCGACUCUCGUGAGGAUAAGCGGCAAAGAAAAUGGAUGGAUGGAAAAUGUCCAAAAAACCAAGCAGGCAGGAGUGGCGGCUUUCGACGCAAAAAGUAGGCGAUAAAAGGACCCCCUCCCGCUGGGGGACGCCUUUGUUUGGUGUUUAUUAAUUCAUUUUGAAAAAUAAAUAUAGAGGGGAAAAAAAGCACUUUGAAAAGGAGCUCGACGACACCAAAAGCGUUUGGCAGAUGUUCACGCCGCCAGGUGCUAAGUAGAGGAAAACACACUUUGAAAUUGCUUUUUGAAGACAAAUCAAGGAAAUGAUACUUUCAUCUUGUUUGGAGCUUGCUUGCCCGAAAAAAAAAAAAAACAAAAAACAAAACAUACUUAUGAUCUUUGGGAAAUGAUUUGCUACCCCCAAAAA